AUGUCAUCAAGAAUACGACAUGUAAUCACCAAUGAUAAUCCGGAAACACUGGCUAUAUCACAAUUUUAUGCUAAUUAUUGUAAUCCAACAAUUACGGCAAUAUCAGUAACAACAACAACAACGACAACAACAACAACAACAACAACAACAACAGCAGGAACAACAACAACAACAACAACAACAACAACAACAACAACAACAACAACAACAACAGCAGGAACAACAACAACAACAGCACCAGGAACAACAUCAGUACUACUACCAAAAGUGACAACAACACGAUUGGGAAGUAAACAAUCUGAAUCGUGCAUUUUUCAAGAAAUCGUAGAAUUUUGCAAAACGUGGGAUUCAGCCAUUCAUCGUUUGUCACUUCCCAUUGUCACUCAUCACCCAGAAUUUCAUUUUAUUAUUCCGAUUGUUAAUCAUCGAAGAUCAACGGCAAAAGACACUUCAUUUCCGGAUCUUACGCAGAAAAUGGCGGAUAGGAAACGUUUAUUAUCAAACAAUGAGCACACCAAACGAGUAACGGUAAUCGAUCGACCUGGUCAGGAUAAAGUACAUUUUACCGGAGCCCGAACAAGGCAUCGAAUCGUAGAUGUAUUAAAAGAAUUUAUCAUUUUCACACAAUCUAAUUACUUUUUAAAGCGUUGA